GUUUACUGUACCGCAGGGGAGAGGGAAAGAGAAUUACUUCUACGAGUGCCUGUACAUUCAAUAGCAUCUGUUGGUUUGAUCCGUGAAGGUUAUGAAAAUAUAUUACCAAUUAAAAUUGGUGAUACAGCCACUAAUGGUGACCUAUUUGAUUUAGCAGUAAUUUAUUGUUCGAAAUUGGAAGUUGCUGAAGAAAUAUGUAAUUUUUUGGGACAAUGUUUUUCUCAAGUUUACAAGGAAGCAGCUGGCAGUUUUGAUUUAAAGGCAUCAUCUAUUACCAGUAAUUUAACUGAUUCGCAUCAGGAUCUUCGUACUGCUGGGACUAGAACGUUGUAUUCGACCACUGCUUCUAGAAGUGAGUCUCUCGACGAAAGAACCGAUGAGUUAAUCAAGGAAUAUAUGUCAAUGUUAACAGCCUGCCUAUCAACAGAAGAGUUGGCACAAUAUGCGAGAUUGAUUGUUAGGUGGCGUGAAGGCAGUAUGCCGAUGAAUGAAUUGGCCCAAAAGUUGACGGAACUUUACGGACCCAAGCGGCUUCAUCUUUUGACCGUUACAUAUACUCCAUCGUCAAAAUUUACGUUAGUAACCUUGGAAAGUACUACUGAAAUAUAUCGUCGCUUUCAUGACGGAUUAAACGGUGGAGUUGUUAACAGCGAAAAUGAGCAAAAGAUUAAUUCUGUUGCUGUCUGCAUCGGCUGUUUGCCUCCUCAUAUGUUAGUCAAAAUUGAAAUGUUAAGGUGUCGACUUUUGGUUGAGUGCAUCAUUUGCAACAAGGUUAACGUGUUCAUCAAGAUGAACAAUACCAGCGGUCGACCGAAUACUGCGGGGACCGGCAUACGGAGUUUUUUCUCGAAACUUCGUAAGCCAUCUGAUCAACAUCCGCAAGUCCAAAUUACAAGUGUUUAUAUUGGAUUCCGUGAAGCAGCUUUAACAAAGAAAUGA